AUGAAGUUUGUGCUAGUAUUGUUGGGUUUGUUUACAUUUACAAUGUGUAAUCCAGAUGGAACCUACGAAGAUAGUCAUCAUCAUCAUCAUCACCACCAUGAUCAUAAUAAUUUUCACAGCCGUCCUCACCAGCCAAACAAGUAUAAUGAUAAUUCAAAAAAUGCAAAAAUUCUUCAACAGGACUUUAUUAAUGCUGGAAAUGGAUACAAUUUUGUCUAUCAAACCAGUGAUGGAGUAUCCAGAGAAGAAAAAGCGGAAUUAAGAAAUCCUGGAACUAAAGAGGAAACUUUAGUUGUUCACGGUUCAUAUUCAUAUGUUGGAGCUGAUGGUGUUACGUAUACCAUUACUUACAUUGCUGAUGAAAAUGGUUACAGGCCAACGGGUCAACAUAUUCCUACAUUAUAA